UAACAGUUUAAUAAUUUGUUUUACGUAAUGUAAUUGUAUGUUCUAUGUUGUUAUCAUGUAAAUGUUAAGUUUAUACGUCGGCUUUAAAAGCUCUUCAGAGCUUGUGUUAACAUUUUUUAUUUACCCGACUUUAUUAAUAAAUAUUACUUGACUGAGCAUCCCAUUAUUAAGGAUUUAUUUUAACGACAUGGUGAAGUGAGAGUGAUCAUCCUCGUGCUGCUGAGUCUGAUAGCCAUAUUGAUCACUAGGCGCAAGUUGGAACGAAAUGAAGAAGGAUCUUGUCUACUGAAAUGGUACAUACAAUGCUCCAGAUCGCAGCUGCCAGAUAGGCCAGAGCGAUGCAGAGCACCGGAAUCAUUACGUUUUUUUCAGUUUUAGCAUUAGCUUUUGCGGACUGCCCUCCUCCUGCGGUCCAGAAUGCCGCCUUCACUCCAGUCCAGUCAUCAUACACUGAUGGUGAAAACGUAACAUUCACCUGUAAUACUGGUUAUGGACUUCAAGGUAGUCGGAUACAUUACUGCAGGGUAAGCAGUUGGGAAGGAUCCCUUACAUGCUAUGAACAGUUUUGUGAGACAAUGAAUAAUCCUAGAAAUGGUAUAAUUGUCGGAAACCCAUCCUACAAAAUUGGAACAUACAUCACAUUUCAAUGUAAUACAGGCUACACAUUGAAAGGAAAUAGCCAGUUGCUGUGUCGUGUUGACUUGAAGUUUGAUAGGAACCCACCAACAUGCGAUGUCAAUAUGUGUACAGAUUUUGGAGUUAUAGAUCAUGCACGCAUUUUCCAAGCCACAGAUGGAGGAAUAGAAAAUGAUUAUGGAAGCGAAGUUAAAGUAACCUGUGAAGACCCAUAUGUGCUGGAUGGUCAUGCGUCCGUGUUUUGCCAGGGAGACGGAACUUGGGGCCCAAAACCGACCUGCAAACCAUUAGAUUGUGGUAGGUUCGAUGGGAUGAAUUCAAGCUGUGUGGAAGACUUCGUACUGCUUGAUACUCUGUAUUACAUGGAAUGUAAGACUGUUGUCCCAAAUACAAGAAUUGGAGCGCCGCACAGCACCAGUGCACCUAAUGAAUGUGAGAAAAGAUCUCGGAAAUGGAUGUAUUCACAGUUUGGAUGCUUUUGCCAUUGUAAAGUUAAGUACAAUAAAUACAUUGUGAAAGCAGAAAACCUUGAUACAAAUGAUUAUCUGCUACACGACACUGAUUUGAAUUGGCGUUGCAUUAAGGAGGGUUGCACGAAAAACCAAACAAAUGCUCUGAGAUGCAUGGACGGACAGAUGGAAAUGCCAUCUUGCACCUGCGAUGCUAACGUACAUACUGGUGAACCUUACACGACUGACAUUACUACUAAACCAAGCCCUAACGAUCAAACAGGUACAAGUACUACGCCUUCAGCCACAACGCCGAGCACAGAACAUAUUAAUCUUAUUACAAAAAGCACUACAUAUCAACAGACGCAUAAUGAAAGCAAUCUACAGGCAUCAACAACAGCAAUACAGCAGGCUAAUUCAAUCGCAAAUGAUCCUACUACAGAGGAGUCGACGAAUAACGCAAUCGCCACAGGACAGACGACCACGCAACCCCCAAAUGCAUCAACGUCAAAAAGCAGUAUGUCUGAGCAGAACACUAAUAACAGAAUCGGCACAGAGCAGACGACAAUACAAAUUCUACAUUCAUCAACGUCAAAAAGCAAACCAACAGCAGAGGAGUCGACGAAUAACACAAUCGUCAUAAGGCAGACAACAAUGCAACUCCCAAAUGCAUCAACGUCAAACAGCAGUUUGGUUGAGAUGAACACUAAUACCAUAAUCGUCACAGAGCAGUCGACAAUACAACUUCUACAUUCAUCAACGGCAAAAAGCAGUAUGUCUGAGCAGAAUACUACUAACAGAAUCGUCACAGAGCAGACGACAAAACAUCUCCUGCAAUCAUCAUCGGCACAAAGCAGUAUGUCUGAGCCUACGGCAACGCAAUUUCUAACAACUGACAAACAGUUACCUAAUGCCGGAAGCUUCAGUUUCGGCAUUAGGCACAGUUCAAUACCAGUUCUGAUAUUUACUAUUUGCAUAAAAUUUGUUGUGGAACAAUAACUUACAGCCCUUAACAAAGUAGUAUAAUAGUUGUUUUAA